AUGGCGGCUGCCAGUGGCGGCGGCGGCCGGGCGCCGCUCGGGCCGGCCAACCGUCAGGCCCUGCAGCCCGCAGCGGUGAACAAGCCUCCACCGGGGCCCCUGGGCUUCACACAGUGUCACACAGGCUGGAUGGACAAGCAGGAGGCGGCAUUCAAGGGCUGGCUGAAUGCGGUGCUGGUGCCGGCAGCAGCGGAGGGCGGCGAGAGUGACGAGGGAGCAGCGGCGCAGCUGCAUGCCCUGGCAUCGCGCCGCCUGGUGGCCCGCCUGCGUGGCCUGCUGUGGCAGCUGUACAGCCAGGAUGCAGAGCUGAUCAGCGUGAUGCUGAAAGUAGAGCAGCGCAUCAACAGCGGGCAGAUGCGCAUGCGGGACGAGGAGGCCACUAUGAAGAAUGUGAAGGAAGGGGCGCGGGCGCGGGCGGUGCUGGCCUCCUACCACCCGCUCUGGCUGCGUCUGGGCAUGGAGGUCGUGUGCGGCAGCGCGGUGGCAGGCGACGACGCACCGGCGGCGCCCGCGCAUCUGGCGGCGUUUGUGCGGGAGCAGUUUUUCAAGGACCCCCAGCUGGCCAAGCAGCACCCCGCCAGCAGCAAAGCAUACUGGGCAGCGCUGGCCAGGCUGGUGCUCAAGCGCUGCCUGCUGCUGGUGGCGCUGCUGGACCGCGUGGCGGCGGCGCCCGCCCUUCCCGCGGCGGCGCCGCUGCUGUUCCGCCGAGACAGCAAGCUCAAGGCAUCGGCGCAGGCAAGCCGUUGCUGGCCCGGCAGCCCUGUGCUGGCUGAGCUGGUGCAGCCGCGGCUGGUGGGGGAGGGCGACGUUGGGCGCACGCUGGGGCGGCUGGGCUACCGCCUGGGAUAUGAGCAGGACCCGCGCCGGGAGCUGGACUUUGCGGUCUCCAACAUGGCGGCCGACCUGCGUGACGGCCUGCGGCUGUGCAAGCUGGCUGAGCUGCUGACAGGCGCGUGCCACCCCCGCUUCUUCGACUCCACCCGAUUCCCCAGCGACCGCCGCCCCGUGCGCCUGGCCAACUUGCAGCUUGCCCUGGACCAGUUUGCCCGGGCGGGGCUGCCCCCGCAGCAGGCGGGCCAGCAGCGGCAGCAGCAGGGCGGCAGCACAGCGGCGGCGGCGGGCUGUACAACCGCGGCGGCGGACCUGGUGGAUGGCGACCGCCAGCAGACGCUGUGCCUGCUGUGGCGCCUCAUCCUGCACUUCCAGCUGCCUCAGCUCAUCAACCUGUCUGCCGUGCGGGCCGAGGUCGAGCUUGUGCGUGCCAAGGCGGCACAGGCAGCUCCUGUCGCUGGCAGCGCUGCCGCCGCUGGAGGCGCCGGCUCUGCCGCUGCCGCAGCCGCGCCGUUGGCGCCACAGGAGGAGGUGGCCGCCGGCAGCCCGCACGUGGCGGCGCUGCUGGAGUGGUGUGCGGCCGUCGCCUCCCUGUACGGCCUGCCCGUCCGCGGCUUUGGGGCCUGCUUCGCGGAUGGCAGCGUCUUCUGCCUGCUGGUGCACCAUUACCUGGGCCACGCCUAUGUGGCUCUCAAAGAUGUGUACCGGCCGGCAGCAGGUGGGGAGGGAGGCGAGGAGGCACCCGCCGCCGCCGCCGGCUGGGCGGGCCCGGCAAGCACCGUCUCCGGGCAGCUGGAAGGGGCGCGCCGCAACUUUGGGAUGGUGCAGGGUGUGGUGCAGUCGCUGGGCGGCAUCCCGCCCAUUGUGUCGGCCGAGGACUUUGCGGAGUGUGGCCACGACGAGAAGGGCUGCAUCCUGUUCACCGCCUUCCUCUGCCAGAGGCUGCUGGAGAUCAGCAAGGAGGAGCGUGCGGCCAUGGUGAUUCAGAGGCGCUGGCGCAACCGGCAGCAGGACAAGCCAGGCGCGCCGGGCUGGGCGUUGCGCUUUGCGGCGGCCCGGCGGCGCGGCGUGGCGGCGGUGGUGCGGCUGCAGGCGGUGUGGCGAGGGCGGGCGGUGCGGCGGCAGUACCAGCAGCAGCGGCAGGCGGCCAUCUGCAUACAGGCGGCGUACCGCGGCAGGCGGCAGCGCCGCGCUUUCUUCCACCACAUGGUUGUGCCGCGCAUGCUACAGGCGGGGCUGGCUGCCAAGCGGCGGCUGGAGGGCAGCAGGUACGAGGGCCGGCUGGCCAGGGCCGCCACUCGUGUGCAGGUGCUGCGCCGCGGUACCGUGCAGCGCCGCGCCUUCCUGCGCCAGCGCAGCGCAGCAGUGGCCAUCCAGGCCGCGGUGCGGCGCUGGCAGCAGCGGUCGCGCUUUGUGCAGCAGCGCGCCGCGGCGGUGGCCGUGCAGGCGCACUUCCGCGGCGGCGCGGCACGCAGGCAGCUGGCGCGGCAGCGGGCGGCGGCAGUCUGUCUGCAGGCGGCCUGGCGGCGGUGGCACGCGCGGCGCCGCUUCCUGCGCCUGCGUGCCUCGGCGGUGGCGAUUCAGGCCGCCUGGCGCGCCCGCCAGGCCCGUGCCCUGCUUCAGCAGCACCGCGCUGCGCAGCGCGUGCAGGCAGCGUGGCGGGGCUAUGCCACACGCAAGCGGCGCCAGCAGCAGCAGGCGGCCGCGGUGGCCAUCCAAGCCGCCUGGCGCGGCCACGCUGCGCAGCGGGCUUUCCAGCGCCGGCGCUGCGCAGCGGUGGCGAUACAGGCGGCAGUGCGGCGCUGGCGGCAGCGUGCGCGGUUCUUGCGCCAGCGCGCCGCGGCGGUGGCUGUGCAGGCGGGCUGGCGGGGAUACGCUGUGCGGCACCUGCUGCGCCGCACCCGGGCGGCUGUGGCCAUCCAGAGCGCGGCGCGCGGUUUCCUGGCUCGCCGCCGCCUGGCCCGCGCCGCCGCCGCCGCCGCGACCAUCCAGGCGGCGGUGCGGCGCUGGCGGGAGCGGCGGCGGGCGGCGGCCGUGGCGGCGGUGCGGCGUCAGAUGCGGGAGAUGGCGGCGUUGAUGCGGGAGUACCAGCGGCGCACGGCGGCGGCGCUGCACAUCCAGGCCGCGUACCGGGGUCACGUGGGGAGGAAAGAGUACCGCCGGCUGCUGGCGGCGCAGCUGGAGGCGCAGCGGCGGCAGGCGGCGCGGGAGGCCGCGGCACUGGCUGUGAUUGCCCCCUGGGCGGAGACGUUCCGAGACAGGGCCUGGUUCCUGCGGGCCCGCCGCGCAGCCCUGCUGCUGCAGGCUUGGUGGCGCCUGCGGUACGCUCGGCGCCAGGCGGCGGCGGUAGCCCUGCAGGCCGCAGCCCGCCGCCUCCUGGCGCGGCAGCGCCUGCUGCGCAGCCGCCGGGCGGCCCUGACGGUGCAGACGGCCUGGCGGGGGGCCAACGUGCGCGCCACCCACCCCCGCCGCAAGCAGCUGGCCGACAUACGCCUGCGGCUGGCGGCCGCUGCUGCAGAUGCAGCCGCCGCCCCCCACCGGUCGCUUGGCGCGCGCACACAUGCGCACUUGGAUGCGCUGCUGGCCAGUAAGCACCCUGCCUCGGCUGUGGCCGCCCUGACCGGCCUGGCCCUCUGCACAGAGGCGGUGCCGGCCUGCUGCGACAUCGUGGUCGUCGGCGGCGGCCUGCCGGUGCUGCUGGGCGUAGUGCGGGCGCCGUGCCGCAGCAAGGAGGCGGCGGAGGCGCUGCGGGCGGCGCUGGCCUGCCUGGCCAACAUCUGCAGGGCAGGGCCGCACGCCGACGCCGUGUUUGGCGCCGGCAACUUCCUGCCCUCCCUGGGGGACCACCUGCAGCAGCAGCGAGACAAGGAGGAGGUGUUCAUGUCUGUUGUGGCGCUGUGGCAGCGCCUGGUGUGCUCGCCCGCGCCCGGGGCGGCGGCCCGCGCCCAGUCGCUGGCGCGUCAGCCCGACGUGCUGAGCAAGCUGGAGGGGGUGGCGCGGCUGCUGGCGCUCAAGCUCAGCGCGGACCAGAAGUAUCUGACCAAGCUGGAGCAGCAGAAGGGGUCUGACACCUCGGCCCGCCAGGCCACCAAGGCCCUGCUUUCCACCUCCCGCCAGCUCCGCGCCCUGCGCGGCGUGCUGGCGGCCACAGGCGCCAGCGCCGAGGGCGCGAGCGGCGGCGGCGGCGGCAACGAUACCCCGCUGCUGCUGGGCAAGAACACGCUGGUGCGGGCGGUGCUGCGGGAGCAGCAGUGA